CGGGUUUUGAAAUGGCCUCGGUGUUAGCCGGGACCCGAUUCAGAUCGCUGCUGUAGAAGACAAACAAGUGAAGGUUUUUUCCCUCUUUCAUCAUGGCUCAGUUUGGAGGACAGAAGAAUCCGCCAUGGGCUACUCAGUUUACAGCCACUGCGGUAUCUCAGCCAGCUGCAUUGGGUGUUCAACAGCCAUCACUCCUUGGAGCAUCUCCUACCAUUUAUACACAGCAAACUGCAUUAGCAGCAGCAGGCCUUACCACACAAACCCCAGCCAACUAUCAGUUAACUCAGACUGCAGCCUUGCAGCAACAAGCUGCAGCUGCAGCAGCUGCAUUGCAACAGCAAUAUUCACAACCUCAGCAGGCCUUGUAUAGUGUGCAACAACAGUUACAGCAACCUCAGCAGACCCUUUUAACACAGCCAGCUGUUGCACUGCCUACAAGCCUUAGCCUGUCUACUCCUCAGCCUGCAGCACAGAUAACUGUAUCGUAUCUAACACCAAGGUCCAGUCAGCAACAAACCCAGCCUCAGAAACAGCGUGUUUUUACAGGAGUGGUUACAAAACUACAUGAUACAUUUGGAUUUGUGGAUGAAGAUGUAUUCUUUCAGCUUAGUGCUGUCAAAGGGAAGAGCCCCCAAGUGGGUGACAGAGUAUUGGUUGAAGCUACAUAUAAUCCCAAUAUGCCUUUUAAAUGGAAUGCUCAAAGAAUUCAGACACUACCAAAUCAGAAUCAGUCCCAAACUCAACCUUUACUGAAGACUCCUCCUGCUGUACUUCAGCCAAUUGCACCACAGACUACAUUUGGUGUUCAGGCUCAGCCCCAAACCCAGUCCCUGCUGCAGGCCCAGAUCUCAGCAGCUUCUAUUACACCAUUAUUGCAGACUCAGCCACAGCCUUUAUUACAGCAGCCACAGCAGAAAGCUGGUUUAUUGCAGCCUCCUGUUCAUAUAGUUUCACAGCCACAACCAGCACGAAGAUUAGACCCACUGUCCAGAUUUUCAGGAAGGAAUGACAGAGGGGAUCAAGUGCCUAACAGAAAAGAUGACCGAAGUCGUGAAAGGGAGAGAGAACGACGUAGAUCCAGAGAAAGAUCUCCUCAGAGCAAACGUUCCCGGGAGAGAUCUCCUCGAAGAGAGAGAGAACGAUCACCUCGGAGAGUUCGACGUGUUGUUCCACGUUACACAGUUCAGUUUUCAAAAUUUUCCUUAGAUUGUCCUAGUUGUGACAUGAUGGAACUAAGGCACCAUUAUCAGAAUUUAUAUAUACCUAGUGACUUUUUUGAUGCUCAGUUUACAUGGGUGGAUGCUUUCCCUUUGUCAAGACCAUUUCAGCUGGGAAAUUACUGCAAUUUCUAUGUAAUGCACAGAGAAGUAGAGUCCUUAGAAAAAAGUAUGGCUAUUCUUGAUCCACCAGAUGCCGACCAUUUAUACAGUGCAAAGGUAAUGCUGAUGGCUAGUCCUAGUAUGGAAGAUUUGUAUCAUAAGUCAUGUGCUCUUGCUGAAGAUCCACAAGAACUUCGAGAUGGAUUUCAACAUCCUGCUAGACUUGUUAAGUUUUUAGUGGGCAUGAAAGGCAAGGAUGAAGCCAUGGCCAUUGGAGGUCACUGGUCUCCUUCGUUGGAUGGACCAGACCCAGAAAAAGACCCUUCUGUGUUGAUUAAGACUGCUAUUCGUUGUUGUAAGGCUCUGACAGGCAUUGAUCUAAGUGUAUGCACACAAUGGUACUGUUUUGCAGAGAUUCGCUACCAUCGCCCUGAGGAGACCCACAAGGGGCAUACAGUUCCAGCUCAUGUGGAGACAGUGGUUUUAUUUUUCCCGGAUGUUUGGCAUUGCCUUCCCACCCGCUCAGAGUGGGAAACCCUCUCCCGAGGAUACAAGCAGCAGCUGGUCGAGAAGCUUCAGGGUGAACGCAAGGAGGCUGAUGGGGAACAGGAUGAAGAAGAGAAAGAUGAUGGUGAAGCUAAAGAAAUUUCUACUCCCACCCAUUGGUCUAAACUUGAUCCAAAGACAAUGAAGGUAAAUGAUCUCCGAAAAGAAUUAGAAAGUCGAGCUCUUAGUUCUAAAGGAUUAAAAUCCCAGUUAAUAGCCCGGUUGACAAAACAGCUUAAAGUAGAAGAGCAAAGGGAGGAACAAAAGGAAUUAGAGAAAUCAGAAAAAGAAGAGGAAGAGGAGGAUGAUAGGAAAUCUGAAGAUGAUAAAGAGGAAGAAGAAAGAAAAUGUCAAGAGGAAAUGGAACGCCAGCGUCGGGAAAGAAGAUAUAUUUUGCCCGAUGAACCAGCCAUCAUUGUACAUCCAAACUGGGCUGCAAAAAGUGGAAAGUUUGAUUGUAGCAUUAUGUCUUUGAGUGUACUUUUAGACUACAGAUUAGAGGAUAAUAAAGAACAUUCAUUUGAGGUGGUGCCUGGCUGCCUCCGUGGAAGAGUAUGAAACUCUUGAUCUCGGGGUUUUAGGUUCAAGCCCCACAUUUGGUGUGGAAAUUACUUAAUAAAUAAACU